UUUAAACUUAUGAAAAAUAAUGUUACUGUAGCUUGAAAGUUAAGCUACUGUGGAUUGUACAGUUUUAGUCAUUAUUAUCUAACUAAUCGUAUCCUGACUAAUGCCGUUUGGUUGGAUCACUUGGAUGCAUCGUGGAAGCAAGCAAGAAUUGGUGUGAUCUCUUAUCCUUCAGUCACAGAACAUGGCAUUUGUUACUGCUCAGAAACGCAUCGCGACACCUGCUGAUAUGCCAGCAUGGCGCGCUUCCAAGGCCUAUAAGGAUUACAUGCAUUUCAUCAUGGAUCUGAAUAAAGCUGUCAUGGGGAAGACGAACAGUGGUUCGGUCACGGAAAGCGAGGCUGUUACGCUGGUAUGCGCAAUGCUAGAAACAUUAAGAAAAUGGAUCGACGACAUCCCGCCUAUCCAGCAGCCCCAGCGAUUUGGGAAUCAAGCCUUUCGGACGUAUCAUGCGCGUCUCGUUGAGCGAAGUGCAGAACUUCUUUGUGGGAUCCUGCCGGAAUCGUCGCGCGAUGCCACGGUGGAGCUGCAGCCGUAUUUGUUGGACAGUUUCGGCAACAGCACGCGUAUCGAUUACGGAACAGGUCAUGAAGCGAAUUUCAUAAUGUUCCUUCUUUGUCUGUGGAAACUGGGGGUCUUCCAGAAAACUGAUGCUACUGCUCUUGUCACCAGCGUGUUCAAAAAAUAUUUGGAGCUGUGUCGACACUUGCAGUUAACCUACAAAAUGGAGCCCGCUGGCAGUCAUGGCGUGUGGAGUCUGGAUGACUUCCAGUUUGUCCCUUUUAUUUGGGGCAGCGCGCAGCUGAUCGAACAUCCAAAUUACGAUACCAAAUGCUAUUUGGACGAAAAGAUUGUGGAACGCAGCAAGGACGACUUUCUUUGGAUGGGCUGCAUAGACUUCAUUGGCAAGGUUAAAUCCGGUCCCUUCGCUGAACAUUCUAAUCAGCUGUGGAGCAUUAGCGAUGUACCGAGUUGGGGAAAAGUGAACAGCGGGCUAGUCAAGAUGUAUGAAGCAGAAGUGUUGCAGAAAUUCCCGGUAGCUCAACAUUUUUUGUUUGGAUCUCUUCUCUCCUUCGAUGCUGCCGCGUGAUUUACAUAACCACGGGAAUUUAUUUAUUUCCAGUUGGUUUCUUAAAUUUAGAAAUACGAUUUGUAAUUUUUUAACACUUAAAAUAGUGUGAAACCAUUAAAUGGUCUGUAAAUUCUAAACAACCAGGUGAAAGUUGUCGCUCUAAUAUACGUACGUAUUUAACGAUUCGAAACAAGUCUCGUGAAAGCCUUGCGUUUAGAUAAAAAAUGGUACAUCAAAUUCCACAAAAUGUAGAAAACGUCGGGAUUUCGAUGAAAAGCUAAGCGUAACCGCAGUACACAGAAAGGUGCGCCGAA